GAUCCUAAUGUGUAGCCAGAGUCACCUUUUCUCUAGGCUUAUUGGAGGCGUAGUCCCUCCUAGCAACCUCUCAUCUGCUGGAAAACAGAAUCAAGAGAAGGAGAAGCCGUGAUGACACAUCGUCACUGGAUGAAAAUAUUAGGGGGAAAGCAAUACAUGUACUAUCCAUGCAGAAAACCUAUUAAUGUCCUCUUCAGACUAAUGAAAUGAAUGUUUCAUCAUGAGAGAGCAGCUGUGAUCGGCCGCUUCUACUAAUGAGGAGUAUUUGAAACUAUCUGCAAACCACUGCUACUCUUAAUUGCCAAGCAACAUCAUUGACUUUAAUCUAGGUAAAUGUUCUCAUUGUUGGCUGGCGAAAGACAACAAAGAUUCAGAUUCAUAUAUUGGGCUCUUCUUUGCUCAAAAUGCUGUUAGGUUUCUUGUGUUCCUGUUUUUCUCCUGCUAGUACAGAUCCAUGGCAUUUCAAACCUUUUUUUUUUUUUAAUCAAAACUAGUGUCUUUUUUUUUUUUCCUGCCGGCAAUUGAAACCAUUUUGAGGUGGAUAAUCUCAGUCAGGGGCUUUGUCUUUUGUGUUUGUCCUGGAUUAACAUGAGCCGUUACAAUGGACCGGAAAAACGACCUCUGUCUACAAGUGCCCUACGGGUAAAUAGCGAACCGGAGAGGUUCCAGAGCCCAGGGCUCUGCAGUUUCUGCGAGGGCAGCGUGGGGUGCGCGCAGAGAUUGGAAGGGGAGACGGGAUUGGGAGGGGGGACGCGAAGAAGGUGGAGAAUCGGCAUCAUGUGUGUUCCUCGACUGUACAACCCACAUUUGAGUGACAAUUGACGAGGACAACCUAUAAAAAAUAGCUAAGCGCAAACCUACCGGAAUCCAUCUCCCUCUCUGUGCAUGUGCGUUUUCAACUAACUUUGGGAACUCGUGUAGACCUGGCAUCACGCCCUGCGAAGCUUCGCCUCCACCUUGGUUUCCCGCAUCCUGCCUGGCCUCUUCGGUACCGCCUCUUCCUCCAGGCUAAGGAUGGAGAAUCCCUUCAGCCUCUCAACUCUGUGGACGGCGCCCAACCUCUCCGUACCCAUCUCUCUGGGGUGGGGUAUCAACCUGACUUCGGGACAGGGAGCCUCAGCCCUGGGGCCACCGCCGUUGCCGCCCGGGCCGCUCAGCCGCCUGGUCUUCCUGGGAGUCAUCCUGGUAGUGGCCGUGGCCGGCAACGCCAAGGUGCUGUGUCGCCUGUGCGGUGGCGGCGGACCCUGGGCGGGUCCCAAGCGUCGCAAGAUGGACUUCCUGCUGGUGCAACUGGCCCUGGCCGACCUGUACGCGUGCGGGGGCACCGCAGUGUCUCAUCUGGCAUGGGAGCUGCUGGACGAGCCGCGUCUGGCCGCGGGCGACAAGGCGUGCCGCUUGGUGCAGCUACUGCGGGCAUCGGGCCAGGGCGCCUCCGCCCACCUCGUGGUGCUCAUUGCCCUAGAGCGCCAGCGCGCCGUGCGCCGUCCGCAGGGCCCACCGCUGCCCGCGCGCGCCCUCGCCACCCUGGGCUGGCUGCUGGCGCUGCUUCUGGCGCUACCCCCGGCCUUCGUGGCGCGCGGCGGAGCCCCGUCACUGCCACCUGCCGUGCCCCCGGCCACCCGCGCCUGGCCGGGACAACGUCGCUGCAGCGGCAUCUUCGCGCCCCUGCCGCGCUGGCACCUGCAGGUCUAUGCGCUCUUUGAGGCCGCGGCGGGAUUCGCGGCUCCGGUCGCGGUCCUGGGGGUCGCUUGCAGCCGCCUGAUCUGCGCCUGGUGGCAGCGCCCGCCCCAGGCCCCAUCGGCUCCGGCGCCCAGGUCGGCGAGUCCCGGCCGAGCCCCAGCGCACAGCGCGCUGCCCCGCGCCAAAGUACAGAGCCUGAAGAUGAGCCUGGGGCUGGCCCUGCUGUUCGUGGGCUUCAAGCUGCCCUACUUUGCUGCCCGGCUGGCAGCCGCGUGGUCGUCUGGACCCGUGGGAGAGUGGGAGGCCGAGGACCUUGCGGUGGCUCUGCGCCUCGUGGGGGUGGCCAACAGCGCUCUCAAUCCCUUCGUCUAUAUCUUCUUCCAGGCGGGCGACUGCCAGCUCCGGCGGCGACUGCGGAGGCACCUGGGCGCUCUCUGCGGCGCGCGGGAGGGAGUCGUGGAGGACGACGAGGGGGCCCAGGGCCACCAGGCUCUCCACCGCCACCGCUGGCCCCAACCCCAUUAUCACCACGCUCGGCGGGAGCAGCCAAAGGAGGGCUACUUGCGCCCACCCCUGCCGCGCCUCCGGCCACUGCCCUGCUCCUGCGAAAGCGCCUUCUAGGUGCUCCAUGGUCAGUGACAGAUCCUCUGUCGCCGCUGCGCAGCCUCCGAGGAUCACGAAGCGGGCCAGGGUCUAUCUUAUAGAUCACAACCGACAGG